AUGUCAGUAUUUCAUAGUGAUGUCACAAAAAGUCAACAUGUAGAUGCUGAAUCUGAUCAACAUUUUGAAAAUACUACUUUUAAAUUAAAAAGAACUAGAUCUCUAGGUUUAUUAGAUGAGUUUAUACCAGAUAAACAACAAGAAGAAGUUAGUCAUGAUUUACCACCUCCUAUUGAAACAGAUACUACAAAUACGACAACAGAAGAUGAAUCGUCUGAUCAAGAUUCUAUAUCUAUAUCGUCACCAAUAUAUAAUUUACAAAGUCCAGAAUUAAUACCUCAUGAUGAUACAGAUUUAACUGUUGAACCAUCAAGGCAUGUUGAUUAUUUAUCUCAUCAAUGGGAUGUCUCAGAUAUUUGGAAAUCUUGGAGAUAUGUUAUAAGUAAAAAGAAGAACGUAACAAAUGCAGCAAGAUUAGAAAAUGCUAGUUGGAGAACUUGGGCUCAAAGAAGAUCAAAUUUAAAAACUGUUAGUCCUGAAAUUGUAAAUUGGUCAAAAGAUUGUGAUGUUACGUGGUUAUAUGGUCCAAUAAUGAAUGAUGAUUCAAAAUAUUCUUCAAAUCAUGAUGAAAAUCAUCAUGAUGAUGAUUAUUCAACUGCUACUAGUGCUGUUGCUGGUGAUAUUUCAAUACCAAAAAAGAAAACAAGUUAUAAUCAUUUAAACCCAAAACCAAUAUUGAAAAAGAGAACAAUUGAAGAACUGAUUAUAUCACAUUCAAAUUUAUUGAAAUUACAAUUGGCAACACAAUUGUAUAAUAAAAAGAAAGAAACUCAACAUCCAAAGAUUGGCGAAGAUGAAGAAUAUUUAGAUGUUAAUGCAUUGAGUAACAAACUAAACAAUCAAUAUAAAAAUAAUGAUAAUCAACCAAAUGAUAAUAUAGCAAAAUUUCAAAAUUUAUUAAAUGAUAAUAUACCCAAACAAGAACCAAAACCAAUAAUAGAUAAGAAAAAUAGACAUAUACAUUUUAAUGAUGAAGUUCAACAAUGUGUUGCAGUUGAUAAUUUUUCUGAUGAAUAUGAUGAUGAAUUUGAUGAUUAUGAUUAUGAAGAUUCAGAUUAUGAAGAUUAUAAUUAUUUAAAUGAAAGCCAUUAUGAAACUGGUCCAGAUGAAGAAUUUAAAGAAAAUUUAUCUGAAGAUGAUGGUGAUGAUGAUGAAGAUGAUGAUGAUGAAGAUGAUGAUGAAGGAUUUAUUUUAAAUGUUAAAUCAAAUAAGCAAAAACCAUUAAUUCAUCGAAGUGGUACUACAUCUUCAAUUGAUUCAAAUCCACACUUAUCAAAAUCAAAAUCUUAUACAUCUAUUCAAUUAAUGCCUUCUACUACUUUAAAUUAUGGUUCUGAUGAUGAAUCAAGUGAUGAAGAAAAUCCAUAUACCUCAAGUUUAUCACAUAAUGUAAAUAAUGAUAUCAGUAGAGGUUAUGAUUAUUAUUAUGAUUAUAAUUCAAUUUAUACUUGUGAUCCAAAUUUUAAUUAUCAACAUCAACAACCUGAUAUUGUCGAUGUACCAGAGAGUUUAGAAAUGGGUUCAAAUUAUUAUAAUGAUAUACCACAACAAGAUCCUUCACCAUUGAGUCAACCAACAUCACCACAUCAACAAGUAAGUCAACCACAGCAAACAUCGCCAUUAUUCCUAGCUCAUAAUAAUCCUCCAGUUAAUAAAUCACCAUUUCAAUUAUCUGAUUCAGGUUCUGAUCUGGAAAUUGAUUCAGAUGAAGAAGAAGGUUUAAGUAUUGGUACAAGAAGAUCAUCACAACAAUUGGCAGAAUCAAUAUUUCAUAAUGGAAUAACAAAGAAAGAAGAAGAACCACAACCAAAUCCAAUUCAUCGAUCAAAUUCAAUAUUUAAACAGCCUUCAAGUUCAAAUUCACUUUCACAAUCAUUUUUCAAUAAUUCAAGUUUUUCAGAAAAGGAUAAAGAAUUGAGUAAAACUUUUUUAGGUAAUAAUGAAAAAUCAUCAGUUUUACCACCUCAAACAACUUCAGAAAAUGCAAUACAAAAUGACAUAAGCUCAAGUUCAAGUUCAGAUGAUGAUGGACUAAUAUUGAAAAAUAAAAGUUAUAAUACACUAAAUGAGGUAUUGAAAAACAAUGGUGGUAAUUCACCCAGUCUUGAGCAACAAGGUGAUAAUGAUGAAAAUAAUUUAGUUGGCCAUGCUAAAGGAUUAGCUAAACAUUUCUUUGGUUGA